AUGAAUAAUCUUUCAUUUAGUGAGCUGUGUUGCCUCUUCUGCUGUCCACCUUGUCCAGGGAAAAUUGCUUCAAAAUUAGCAUUUUUGCCACCUGAUCCAACUUACACGCUGAUGUGUGAUGAAAGUGGAAGCCGCUGGACGUUACACCUAUCAGAACGAGCAGACUGGCAAUAUUCUUCUAGAGAAAAAGAUGCUAUUGAGUGUUUCAUGACUAGAACCAGUAAAGGCAACAGAAUUGCCUGCAUGUUUGUGCGUUGUUCACCCAAUGCCAAAUACACUUUACUCUUUUCACACGGAAAUGCUGUUGAUCUUGGUCAAAUGAGCAGCUUUUACAUAGGACUGGGAUCACGGAUUAAUUGUAAUAUAUUCUCAUAUGAUUAUUCUGGAUAUGGUGCAAGUUCUGGGAAACCAACAGAGAAGAACCUCUAUGCAGACAUAGAAGCUGCUUGGCUUGCUCUUAGGACAAGAUACGGCAUUCGCCCUGAAAAUGUGAUUAUAUAUGGCCAAAGUAUAGGGACAGUACCAUCUGUGGAUCUCGCUGCUCGGUAUGAGAGUGCUGCUGUUAUUCUUCAUUCUCCUUUGACCUCAGGAAUGCGAGUCGCUUUUCCUGAUACCAAGAAGACCUACUGUUUUGAUGCAUUCCCAAACAUUGACAAAAUCUCUAAGAUUACCUCUCCAGUAUUAAUAAUUCAUGGGACUGAAGAUGAAGUCAUUGACUUUUCACAUGGCCUCGCAUUGUUUGAGCGUUGCCAAAGACCUGUGGAGCCUCUGUGGGUUGAAGGGGCAGGUCACAAUGAUGUGGAACUUUAUGGACAGUAUCUUGAAAGAUUGAAACAGUUUGUGUCACAGGAACUGGUAAAUUUAUAAAAUAUUCUGAAAAUUUGCAUACUGGGUUUUCAUUCUUGCUGAACUGCACUCUGGUAAAUAACAUAAAACCUGAAGGUUUUGUUUGCAGAUCAUGUCAGUUGCCUUCAUAAAUGUACAGGUAAUGAUUUGUUAACAGACUUAAUGAAGGUUUUAAUUACCAAACUAGAAACUGGAAAUAACAGUAUCAUGCAGUCAGGCUGUGUAAUUUAUAUUUUUUCUGUGAAUUUUUUUUUUUUAAACAUCAAGAUGAGUACUGUAUGAAUUUUAAUUCUAUAAGAUCAAAUGCUAUGAAAGUAUUGCCAAAUGCUUUUGCAUAUCAGAAACAAAUUUAUAAAUAUUUUUAAAACAUCUCAAUGUACUAAAUCUUAUCCUGGUAUACAAAUGUAAUAUUCUUUCAAUAAAAAGCGUAUAUCUAAAACAAUUCAAGUACUCAGAAUAAACUGUAUGAAAACAUGCAAGUUCACUAAAGAUGACCUAAACCCUGUUGUACAGGGAUAGAGAUUUAAAGGUUAUUUUAUUGUAAAAUACAUUGAAUUUUCUGUAUUCCCUGGUUAUCAUACAUGUUCUCCUUUAAAAAAAUGAUGUAAGUCUUAAUUUUUAUGCCAUUUGUUAAUUUACCCACUAGUUACCUUGUAAAUGAGAAGUCACAAUAGCACUGAAUUUUAACUAGUUUUGAUUUAUAAGUUUGGUACUGUGAGGCAACUACUUAAAUUUUUCAUUUUAGUAAUUUAAAAGGCAUUUAGAGCUUCAAGAAUAAUUUUGUACGCAAUGUUUUAAAUUUUGACUAAUCUCGUAGAAAUGCGAUACUGUCACUACUAGAAAACCUGAAAGUCCAUUAGAUGUUCUUUAAGACCACAAACAGACUGGCUAUUUGAUCCCUCUUCCCUUUGACUAUUUUUAAGAAUAGGACCUGUUGUUUUGGAUUACUAUCUGAGAAUUUCAUGGAUUUACUCCUGGACGCAGGAGAUAAGAAAACGUUUAAUUCAUAACUUUUAUAUUAACGAAUGUAGUGAAAAAAAUAAAGCUCACACAAAAACUAAGUUGCCUUUCCUUGAAUGAAUCCUGCUUGAAUAAAACAAUGAAAGAAAAAUAAAAAUAAAAUUAAUGGUAUAUAGUCUAAUUUGUAAAUGAAUGAAUAUUGAAAUAAUACACACUGUGGAUAUAUUUUAAGGCCUUAUGUAGUUUUAAUUGUUCUGCUUGUUCUGUGGUUAUGUCUAAGACUAUAGUGUAUGAUUCUCUUCAAAGUAUAUCAAGUAUUGUGAAUGCUUUGGUUCAGAUGUGUCAAAUUAACAGUAAAACAAAAAUAUGCCACUCA